GGUUAUAUUAUGUUUACACUAUGCUCGGUGAUUGGCUAGCAUGUCAGUCAGCAAAGUCGAGCCGUGAUUCGUUAAUCAUAUCAGACUAUGUACACUACCAAAUCCUCAGUAAGGUAUAUACUUCACUCAAAUAUGGGGUAUCGUUAGACCCCCGUGACAAUUGAAAUACGGUAGAAAUUACAGAUGGUAUAAUAUCACAACUUUUGCUUGUAUUUUUAAUAUGUAAUUGAUACACUAACAUUGCUCUACAAUUCAUUAUAUUAUUCAUUAUAUUAGGAGACUCAGCUUGACUUUAAGGAAAAACGCGGGAAACGACUGGGAAAGGUCCCUUACGCGUAUCUACUGUUGCAUAUAGAUACGUACGUCCAUGGAAACAAUCGCCGUCGAGCUAUGACGUCAGCAUGCGCAUGCGCACGAAGGCUCCCACGUGGGAAAAAAUCUCACGUCCUGACAUCACUGAUUCCGUUAUCAUCUAGCUUUGGAUCAAAUUGGAAUUUUAUAAUGGAAUGUAUUUAAUACUAUUUUCUAUUUCCAUAAUAAUAUAUUGUAGAUGUUAAUUAUUCCUCGAUGCUGCUAUGGAAUUAAUAGAGAAUUUAUUUUUAUAUAUUUUGUUAAUAGUUACGUGUAUAAUCGUCGUGUUCUGUCUAAUAUUGUAUGUAACAACGCAAGCUUAUCCAAAAAUAUGGCGGGAUGGAAAAGAAAAGGUUUUCUUCGAUCACAAAACAAAGAAAUAUCAAGAUUUUCCUUCAUUGCACGAUAAUUGGAGUGUUAAUUUAAGUGUUAUUGUACCUGCCUACAACGAGGAGAAAAGAUUACCACCAAUGUUAGACGAAUGUUUAGAAUAUCUGGAGAAAUUAAAACGAUGUGGUCAUAGUUAUGAGGUAAUAGUAGUUAGCGAUGGAAGUACAGAUAAAACUGUAGAAGUUGCUCAAUAUUAUGCUUCCAAAUUUGAUACCGUGAGAGUAUUGGCUCUUGUUAAAAAUAGGGGUAAGGGUGGUGCCGUUAGGCUGGGUAUGCUGAGCUCCAGAGGUAGCGCAUUGUUGUUCGCUGAUGCAGACGGUGCUACUUUAUUUGCUGACCUAGACAAAUUAAAUGACAGUUUAAGAAACACGCUAGGAUUUGAUUAUUUAUCUGAGCCAGAAAAAUUAGCAUUGUCGCAUGCUGUCAUUUGUGGAUCGAGAGCUCAUUUAGAAAAAGAAGAAACUGCUAAACGUUCCUACUUUCGCCUAUUUCUGAUGCACGCAUUUCAUUUUUUAGUUUGGUUUUUGUGCGUAAGAGGUAUUAGAGAUACACAAUGCGGUUUUAAAUUACUAACAAGAGAAUCUGCGAGAAGCAUAUUUGAAACUUUACACGUUGAACGUUGGGCAUUUGAUGUCGAAAUGCUUUAUAUCGCCAAACAUUUUAAUAUUCCUGUUACCGAAGUUGCAGUCAAUUGGACAGAAAUAGAAGGAUCAAAAAUAAUCCCAUUUUGGAGUUGGCUACAAAUGGGCAAAGAUUUAGUUUUAAUUUGGCUAAGGUACAAAAUUGGAGCAUGGAAAAUUCACAAUAGUAGUAAGGAGAAUUAACAGAAGCCAUCCAUGCAUUUUCAAUAGCCUCUAACACGAAACUGAAUUCAUUGCAAUUUUUUCAAAUGUACUAAUAAAGAGUGAUUAUUUGUCCUAAUGCUAUUGUCAUCCUAUACUACAUGUAUCAUGUACUACUAAACGACGAUGACUUUUUUCUACAUUUUUAUUCAGAUGUAUUUUAUGAAAAUUCAAGUAAAUAGAGGUUAAGUACGUUAACCGUUAACAUA